AAAAAAAAGAACGGUGGGAGCAUUUAAUAAGAUAUUUAUUUACCUGCACUCACGUCCUCUCUCUUCUUCUUUCACUCUUACACGAAAGGAAAACAAACAAAAACGAACCAAAUAAAGUUAUUUUAGUGCUCUCUAAUGGCGAUAUGAGAGAUUCGUGAGAGAAGAUACAGAAAAAAGCUUCAUAAUUUGAGAUUCUUUCUAGAAAAAUCAAUCAAUGAUGCUUCGAUUUAUCCUAGCUUCUCUUCUCCUUUCCUCUUUUAGUCUCUACUCUUCUCUAGCUCGACCAGCUCCAUAUGCCUUGAGGAUUAGUUGUGGAGCUAGGAAGAAUGUUCGAACACCACCAACUUACGCACUUUGGUUCAAGGAUAUAGCAUAUACAGGAGGCGUACCUGCCAAUGCAACAACGCCUACUUACAUAACUCCUCCUUUGAAGACUCUUAGAUAUUUCCCAAUCUCUGAAGGACCUAACAAUUGCUACAACAUUGUCAGAGUUCCUAAGGGUCAUUACUCUGUCAGGAUCUUCUUUGGACUUGUUGAUCAACCUAGUUUUGAUAAAGAACCUCUCUUUGACAUUUCUAUUGAAGGCACUCAGAUUUCUUCUCUUAAAUCUGGUUGGAGUAGUCAAGAUGAUCAAGUUUUCGCUGAAGCUCUCAUUUUUCUUUUGGGUGGGACUGCUACUAUCUGUUUUCAUAGUACUGGUCAUGGCGAUCCUGCGAUUUUGAGUAUUGAGAUUCUUCAGGUUGAUGAUAAAGCUUACAGCUUUGGUGAAGGUUGGGGUCAAGGAGUGAUUUUAAGAACUGCCACUAGGUUGACUUGUGGUACUGGGAAGUCUAGGUUUGAUGAGGAUUAUAGAGGGGAUCAUUGGGGUGGUGAUAGGUUUUGGAAUCGUAUGAGAUCUUUUGGUAAGAGUGCUGAUUCUCCUAGAUCAACUGAGGAAACUAUUAAGAAGGCUUCAGUUUCACCAAAUUUUUAUCCAGAAGGACUUUAUCAGUCUGCGUUGGUUAGUACUGACGACCAACCUGAUUUAACGUAUAGCUUGGAUGUGGAACCCAACAGAAAUUACUCUGUAUGGUUGCACUUUGCAGAGAUUGAUAAUACUAUCACUGCUGAAGGAAAAAGGGUGUUUGAUGUUGUGAUAAAUGGAGAUACUUUCUUUGAAGAUGUGGAUAUCAUAAAGAUGAGUGGUGGUCGUUAUGCAGCACUUGUUCUUAAUGCAACAGUGACUGUGAGUGGAAGAACCUUAACUGUCGUUCUACAACCCAAGGCAGGUGGUCAUGCUAUUAUCAAUGCCAUUGAGGUCUUUGAAAUCAUAACCGCGGAGUUUAAAACAUUACGGGAUGAAGUCAGUGCGUUACAGAAAAUGAAAAAAGCUUUAGGACUUCCUUCUAGGUUUGGAUGGAAUGGUGAUCCAUGUGUUCCCCCACAACAUCCAUGGAGCGGGGCUAAUUGUCAGUUGGACAAGAACACCAGCAGAUGGUUCAUUGAUGGACUUGAUCUUGAUAACCAAGGUCUGAAAGGUUUCCUACCAAACGAUAUAUCAAAGCUAAAACAUCUUCAGAGCAUAAACUUGAGUGAAAACAACAUUCGUGGAGGAAUACCUGCAUCGCUUGGAAGCGUUACGAGCUUGGAAGUAUUGGACCUCUCCUACAAUUCCUUCAAUGGAUCUAUCCCUGAAACCUUAGGAGAGUUAACAUCCCUGCGGAUUCUGAAUCUCAACGGAAACUCUUUGUCUGGAAAAGUACCAGCGGCUGUAGGUGGAAGGCUGUUGCACAGAGCAAGCUUCAACUUCACAGAUAAUGCAGGUCUUUGCGGAAUCCCGGGGCUACCAGCUUGCGGGCCUCACCUUUCUUCUGGAGCCAAGAUUGGCAUUGCAUUCGGUGUUAGUCUAGCAUUCUUAUUGAUCGUUGCAUGUGCAAUGAUAUGGUGGAAACGACGACAGAAUAUUCUUCGGGCACAGCAGAUUGCAGCAAGAGGAGCUCCUUAUGCGAAAAAGAGAACACACGUAUCUCAUGACAUCCAAAUGUCACGGCACGGGCACAAUAACCAUGGCCAAGCUCGUACCGCUGUGGAAAAUGGACCGAGCUUGUUGUCUUGAGUCACUUCUUUCAAUCUUCUUUGGGUUUUUUCAGCAACACGAAUCCCAAACCCCCACAAGGUCAAAAUGUUCAUAUCAUGUCUACCACAUUGCUCGCCACAGGAAGAAGACCAAGAGGAAAUACAUUUGUAAAUGGUCUUGGGUUCUUUUAAUUAUCCAGUUCAUAGAAUAGGAUUCGAUUUUUCUUGUUCAGUUUUUAUGGGAUUAGUCCUUUGGUACUUUUGUCUGGUGGGAGUUUAGAGGAUAACUAGAACAUAAAAAUUACGUUUCAAUAUAUUACACAUGUUAGUUGAAAACAACCGAAUGUGGAGUUGUUAUACUCAAUGGAUACAUCUCCUAGAAGCUAGAACCAAAUCAAUUGAUC